AGAGACAGAGUAGACAAGCGUGAGAGUCUUGCUCUGUGUGUUGUGCUGCACAUCUCCAACUUGGUGCUGCUGUAUCCUCUUCUGGACCAGACGACGAUGCCCUCUGAGCUCCUCAUCCCCGGGUGGCUGCAGCACCUCCUUGUUGUGCUCCUGAAGCUGAGCGUCUCCUUUGCCGCCCCUCUAAAAGUUGCUAAUGGGACAGCAUGCACGGCUCGAGGCCCCGCCUCUUACAUCCUAGUAUUCACUGGCCAGUGGAGCCCGCAGAUGUUCCCGAAACAGUACCCUUUAUUCCGACCCCCUGCGCAGUGGUCCAAACUUGUAGCUGUCACCCACAACGAGCGGUACCGGUUGUGGCGGGAAGGGGCAAUGGCGAGCCCUGGGGUACAAGGUUUUGCUGAGCUCGGGGUCACCGUUGAGCUUGUAAAGGAGGCAAAAGAAGCAAGGAAGAGGAGGGUAGUGGGCUCCAUGUACCGCACAGCAGGCAUCCCAUCUGGAGUCGGCCACAGCUCCACUGAGCUCGUUCUGCACCCCAGGAACCCACUGCUCUCCUUGAUGGUGAAAGUGAUUCCCAGCCCUGAUUGGUUUGUGGGGGUGGACAGCUUAAACCUGUGUGAAGCGGGGCAAUGGAAAGAGGAAAUGACUUUCGACCUCCACCCGUUCGAUGCCGGGACAGACAGCGGUUUCACUUUCUCUUCACCCAAUUUUCCCACGAUGCCCCCUGAGAACAUCACAAUGAUCACAUCUCAGAAACCAAAUCAUCCCGCAAACUCCUUCUACUACCCACGGCUGCCUGAGCUCCCGCCACUCGCCACCAUCUGGCUGAAGAGACAACCUCGUUUACCUGACCGUCAGCACAACCAUGUGUCCAAUCACAUCCUGCCUCAACUCAGCAAAACCCCACAAUUUACAGAGACACCGCUGGACUGUGAGGUCUCCAUGUGGUCGUCCUGGGGGCUGUGUUUGGGGCCAUGCUCCAGAGGAGGAGUACGUCAUCGUACCCGCUACAUCCUGUUGAAACCUGCUAACAGCGGCACCCCCUGCCCCGAACUGGAGGAACAGGCCGAGUGUACGCCACACAACUGCCUGGUGCAGCAGUGAUUCCCGUUUCAGUGCACACACACACUCUUUUUUUUUUCCUCUCUCUCUCUCUCUCUCUCUCUCUGACACUGUCCAGAUCCAGAGCUGCUUUGAGAUGCAAGGCAGUGCUAUAUAAUGCUGAAAGAGGUCAGAGGUCACAGUGAAUGGUGGCAUAGCACACCAGUUCUGCCUGGAAGAAUUCAGUUCCUGCAUUCAGCUUACAAAGAGACACUUUUUUUUUUUU